AUGGCCACAGUCGCGAGUAAUUCGCACAUCACGCUUACGGCUGAGGGUGCCGUCUCGGUCUCGUACAACACGCUCGUGUCUUCUCCGCUAUCUUUGACCUCUUCCAUCGAGAAGGCGUUCGGGUCGCACCCGGAUAGUCUGGGCAUUAUCAUCGUCCGGGACCUACCAGACACCUAUGCCCCAGCCCGGGAAAGGCUCCUCAGGCUCGCCUAUCGGUUCGCCACCCUUGAUCCCAAGAUCAGGGAGCAGUAUGCAGACCCAAAGAGCAGAUACAGCUUUGGAUGGUCGCACGGCAAAGAAAUCAUGAAUGGAAAGCCAGACACGAUGAAAGGCUCAUUCUAUGCUAACCCGGUGCUUGAUGAACCCGACGUCUCGCCGCAAUUGCGUGAAGCUCACCCAGAGUACUACGGGAAGAACAUAUGGCCUACGGACACUGCGGAGGUCCAGGACUUCGAACACGCUUUCAAAGACCUCGGGCGCUUCGUGUUCGGUGUUGGAUGCAAACUCGCGGUCGCCUGCCAGCCUUUCGCAUCGUGGUAUCUCACAGACUCCUCCCUGUCUCUGGCGGACUUGAUCGGCAACUCUCAGACGGUGAAGGCCCGUCUCCUGCACUACUUCCCGCCCUCCCCGGAGAACCCUCUCCCCUCAGAGGACGAAGCGGUUGACAGCUGGUGCGGCUUCCACCUCGACCACUCCCUGCUUACCGGGCUGUGUUCGGCUCUGUAUCUCCGCAAGGACCCGUCGGGAACACCUAGCGUCGUCCAGUCGCCCUCGCCCGCCUCCGGGCUGUACAUUCGCACGCGCGGCGGCGCACUGACCAAAGUCUCCAUCCCCGCCGACUGCCUCGCAUUCCAGACCGGAGAGGCCCUCGAGCUGGCAACGUCCGGCAAGCUGCGCGCGACGCCUCACUGCGUGCGCGUCGGCGCUGCGGCGGACGCAGAGAGCGUCUCGCGCGAGACGUUUGCGCUCUUCAUGCAGCCGAACGUAGACCAGCAGCUGUCCGCGACGGAGGACUUCGGGCAGUUCAGCAAGCGCAUAUUCGACGAGCAUUACAAGGAGGACGCCACGGGUGCGGCGCAAUGA